AUGGAAUCCCCACUAACAUAUACCGAAGCCCAGCUGGAAGCAUAUCUACAGCGCAUAGAAUAUCCCAGCGAAAAUGGCGCGCUGCAAAAAGUGCGCGAAAACAUUGAAGCAGACGGUCUCGCAACAUUGUCCGAGCUUCAGAGGCGGCACCUCUGUGCCAUUCCAUGGGGAAAUUCUGGACUGCACUAUUCGCAGCACCAUACAAUUUCUCUGCACCCGGAGACCCUCUUUGAGAAAAUAGUCGAGCGUAGGCUUGAUGGGUACUGCAUGGAGAACACGGGGCUGUUCUUUGUUGUCUUGCGGUCCUUGGGUUAUCAUGUAUACGCCACUGGCGGCAGAGUGAGCCGUGCCGCUGCCACGGGGUCGGAUGAUGGGCGAUAUCUGUCAUUUGGACAUAUGCUCUUGAUUGUGGUCAUCGACGGGGAGAAAUAUAUGGUGGAUGUUGGAUUCGGGAAUAACUGCGCAACUGCACCUCUACCUCUCCAGGAAGGAGCAACGGCUACAAAUAUUGGAACUUCGGAAAUGCGUCUAGUCAGAGACAGCCUCAUUGAGUUCUCUAACAAAGAGCAGAAAGUUUGGAUUUAUCAGACCAGAUACAACCCUACCAGUGUUUGGGUACCCAACAUCUGCUUUUCGGACGUGGAGUUUCUACCUCAAGAUUUCGCAAUGAUGAAUUUCUCCGUCAGUCAGAAACGCACGAGCUGGUUUGGGCAGGUCUUCGUUUGCAUGCGGAUGAUUCUGGACCCAAGCGAGAAGAAUAUUAUCGGGCAAUACGUCAUGUCUGGCAAGGAGGUAAAAAGACGAGUCCACGGUCAGACAGAGAUUUUGCAAAUCCUCCACACUGAAGAAGGCCGAGUUGAAGCGCUCGCCAAGUACUUUGGUAUGGCUCUGCGCAAGAGCGAAAUUCAAGGAAUUCAGGGCUUGAGCUCAGAGAUCAGAUGA